AUGGAUGCCGAAGAAAUUUCGCCCACGUCCGCCAGCAGCUCCAUGACGCAACCGUCAGUACGAGCGAUGCUCGCCGGCUCCUUCAGCAGCCAGAGCGCAUCCCACGGGCCAGAGAAGCGCGAGCAGGCCGAAGGUGAGAAGGGCGGGCUCAGCUCUGCGUUCCAGGACGAAAGAACGCCUUCCGCGUCGCCUUCCAAAAACCGGUCGCUCUCGGACUCGCAGGCCCCCAAGCUUUCGCCCUCGCCCAAGAUCGUGUCGAAGCGCGCGUCCAAGGACGAUGCAACCAUCAGCACCCCGCGCACCCCGCGACGACCCGACUUCAUAGCUCGCGGCCUCUCGCUGCAGAUGCCCCCGCGCGACCCGAAUCUUGGACUCCAGACACCGACCCAGUUCAGCCGCGUUCCUCUGUCGCCUCAGCUCGACGCGCGAGACACCUACGGCACCCCCGCCACCGUCCUGCCUCGGCAUUCCCGGGGCCUCGAUUUCGCGCGCGCAUGUACGAAUCUGCACCACUCGACACUGGCGGAGCAGUCUUCUCCUGACUCCUCGCCGACAAUCACCCAGAAGGGCAUGAUGAUCCCCCAGCGGAGGAGCAACAUUACGUCCUUCGCACUUGACUCUCCACACAACGACCACACCCGCUGGCCCGGCAUGCACCACGAAAAGAACAGUCUAGUAUCGAGCUCACUCGGCAGCGUCAACAUGCUGGGCUCCGACUCCUCCGACAGCGACUCCGACGAGGACGAUCCCAUGGAUCCCGACGACAACGACGACCCGAUGGUCAUGACGCCUCAUGUUCUCAAGCUCGACAAGAAUGCGGGCGGGCCUUUCGGCGCGCCGCCCAAUGUGGCAAGCCCGGGCGGUGUUUGGCCUGGCGGCUUUUCACCGAGUGGCCCUAACUUUCUGCAGAUACAAAGAAACAGGCUGAAGAAGGUGCGAAGCAGGAAGAGUUCAAGCAGCGCAAGCGGGCACAGCUCUCUAGCCAGCCCAGGCCCCGGAUCGCCUCCCGCAGGCAAGCCGUUCGAUGGAGCCAACGGUGGGUACUUCGCUCGCGAAGCUGUCAUGAGGAAGGCGGGGUCUAGACGCGAAAGCUUGAGCGUCGUCGCCAACGACUUGACCAUCUCCUCCGGCAACGACAGUGGCGACGAGGCCGGCAUGCCAGCGCCCACUACUCCCGGCGUCGUACGCCGAACCGUCGUUCGGCGCGGAAAUCUUCUGCCCAAGUCUAGACAGUUCGGUCGCAUCCGCGCAGAGCUCCUCGAAGAGAGUGCACCGGUCGAUAGCGAAGUCAAACGCGAAGCCGAGAUCAUCCGCCAGGUCCGCGAGAGCGAUGACCUGUCUACAACCGGUCGCGAGGGGUCCAUCACCGCAAACUCUUCGCCAAGUCUCCUUCCUGCAGUGCCCGGCCUGAACGACCUUGAGGACAUACCAGAAGAUGCCGGCAUGGAUAUGGAGCUUGCAGCAGCUGCCGCGGCCAACGGAAAGGGCCUGUUUGGGGCCUUCAACCUGCAACCGUGGAAGAGCGCCGAGAGGCCAUCUUGGAGCAACCACGACGGUCGACACACCCCGCCACCUCCCUUCCUAGCCCGCGGAAGCUCCUCUGCCAUCAGCGAUGAUAUCAACAUGGAUUCUCCCGUCGCUUCCAUGGCGCAGUACCGGCAUAGAAUGUCAACCACGUCUGACAUGAACAAGGAUGAUGCCUUCUCUCGCGGGUCAACACCACAGCCGAUGAUUCCUCCAACUGCUGCUGAGGGUCUGAAGAAGAAACGCCGGAGGGAUGACGACUUUGACGUCCAUUCUAUAAAACGACGGGCUGUAUCUCCAGGCUUGAGUGUCACCAACAGUCCUGUGCUAUCACAGUCGCCGCAGCAGAGGGAGGGGGUUUGGGGUCCGAACAAAACGAGUAGAGAGGGUUCGAUCGCUGGCAGCGUUCCAAGCGGUGGCCAUGCUGCAGGAGAAAGAUCCAACAGCGGAGGAAGCACAAUGUGCGCCACUCCGAGCUUGGGACCGAAGAGGGUCGGCUUGCAGGGCAUGACGGAUACCAACGACGGACUCAUGAAAAUGAACCCUUCGCCGGGUAGUGCUAUAGUGAAAGCGGUCCCUGCGGCGGUGCCCGGGGGUUUCAACACCACCGCCGACCCCGCGACGAUCUCCCGCAACUACAACAACACAGCUGCAUCCCUGAGCUCGCCAAACCUCUCCUACGCCCUUCCCUGUCCCGUUCAGUCCCGCAAUAUGGCAGCCAGCAGUGCCGCAUUGGGCUCCUUCGUCGAGUCUGCUCCGCCAGGAGAGCUCUCCAACGUUACCGCCGCCAUCAAGUCCAUUACGGGCAGCGACGACGUCUCGUCCCUGGCCCCCGCCUACCAGAAGUACAAUGAGGAGCAAUUCGCGACGACCAAGCUCCCUGGCGGCAGUGAAGCUGUCGUCAUCAGCCCGUACAACUCGCUCGGCGACGGCCGCUACUACGACGUCGGCGCGGCCUCGUCGUUCGCCUUCGACCACGUCACGCAAAAGGCGUCGGACGUGCAGUCGCACGUGCUCGAGUCGCCGCAGGCCGAGCUGGUGCAGUCGCUGCUGAAGGCGCUCGGCGCGCACGCGGCGGAACACUACCCGGCGGCAGCACUGGGCGUCUACCCGACCGAAGAGGACAGCAAGGUCGCCGUCGUGCUCGUCAGCAACAAGUACUCGCCCAGCAACUUCUGGAACGGCCGCUGGCGCAGCGCGUACGUCGUCGACCCGUCGGGCGGCGCCAUCACCGGCAGCAUCAAGGUCGACGUGCACUACUACGAGGACGGGAACGUGCGCAUGUUGACGGAGAAGCCCAUCUCGGCGAGCGCCGGCGCCGGCGGCGGCGCGAGCGAUAUCGUGAGGGCGCUGGCAAGCGCGGAGAGGAAGUACCAGGAGGACCUGAACAGGGCGUUUGCGAGCUUGAGCGAGGGCGCGUUCAAGGGCUUGCGCAGACAGCUGCCGAUCACGAGGCAGAAGAUUGAGUGGGAGAAGAUUAGCGGAUACAAGCUGGGUCAGGACAUUGGUGGUGGCAGCUCGAGGAGGUAA